UGCCCCUGACGUGGGCCGUCAACACGAUGUACACGUCAGUGUUUCGCGAGGGGAUCAGGAACUAGCGCGAAUUAUGUGCCGCUGAUAUUCUGUUCAUUUGAAAUCUGGAAGGAUGGGCAGGCAGAGGAAGAGAGUGGUGACCGGCGAGGCUGACCCCCCUCUCACAAGGAAAGACGAGAAACCUGCCACCCUACAACGCAAGGAGAAAAAAAAAAAGCUUGACAUCGGCAAAAUCUUCAUCAAUAUCUCCAUCGGCCUCUGCAUCUUCAGCCUUACCUGGUUCUUCUAUGCCCUUUACAUGCGUUCCUCGCUGGCCAAACGGGUGGUAACUCUCCACCACUCGCCGCCCGUCCUCGAUGCCAACAGCACCAGUGCUGAGGUGUCCCCUGAGAGGUUUUGGGGCUCCUACCGACCCCAGGUCUACUUUGGGAUGAAAACCAGGAGCCCCAGAUCUGUUGUCACAGGGAUGAUGUGGAUGCGCCAGUUCUCUGAGGUGGAUGUGAACCUCAGGCACACAUGCGAGCAGGGCGACCGGCUGCAGGGCUACGGCUGGCUGAUGCAUGAUGGCCUCAGCUUUGGUGUGCAGGAGAUCCAUGACAGCGACUUUACGCUCACCACGGAGUUCGUCAAGCGGAUGGGCGGUGAGCACGGAGGGGACUGGACCUGGAGGAUCACAGCCAAGCAGCAUAGUUCGGCUCCCCAUGCGCCAGUCAUCUCCCUGAUGUUCUAUGCUGCUGCCGACACCCAGGGUUCCCUGGAGGCCCACGUGGAGGAGAGGAACCGUUUGGGUUCCAUCACUGGGUUCUCAGAGGAGCUGGGGAACUUCAAGAUCACCUUCCGCAAGCCUGUUGCCGGGGAGUCCUCCAGUGCCAAAUAUGCUAGCUACAACUACCUCCAGACCUUGUCGCCAGGCUUGGAGAGGCUGACGGACAUCGUGAGGAACAGCUUGAACCGCAGAUUCGUCUACAGCCCCCCCUCUGGCGAGAAGAGGCAGUACAUCGCGGUGGACACCUACAAGCCCCCGCACCAGCCGAAACCAGCCGACCUCAGAAAGGAGAGCGACUUUGUCCUGCACCAGGUCACUGUCCAGAUGCCCUUCCAGAUUGAGGUCCUGUUCGAGUCCGGUAGCUUCCGCAACCGUCCCAACCAGCUGUCAGCGGCGGUCAUGACGGAGGAGCUGGAGGAGAGGAAGGCGGCGUUCGACGCCAAGUUCGAGAAGACGUUCGGCCUCCAGGCCAAAGGCUUGGGCCAUGCCCAGGUGAAGUUCAGCAAGGCGGCGCUGAGCAACAUGCUGGGCGGGAUGGGUUACUUCUACGGCCAGUCGGUGGUCCAGUCGGUGUACAACGAGUACCCGCUGCUCUACCCCGAGGGUGCCCUGUUCACCGCUGUGCCCUCACGCUCCUUUUUCCCCCGAGGGUUUCUGUGGGACGAAGGGUUCCACCAGCUGCUGCUCAGCAAGUGGGACCCCCAGGUGACGCGGGAGGUCACGGCUCACUGGUUGGACCUGGUCAAUAUGGAGGGAUGGAUUCCCCGGGAGCAGAUCCUGGGCGAUGAAGCACGCAGCAAGGUCCCUGCUGAGUUUGUGGUGCAGCGCAACGAGAACGCCAACCCACCCACCCUCUUCUUGGCCCUGCAGAAGCUAGUGGAGCAGCUCCAGGCCAAUCCGGACGCGGAGUCCUCACGGCCCACCCUGCCCUUCCUCCGCAGGCUCUACCCCCGGCUCCAGACGUGGUUCGAGUGGUACAACACCACCCAGACAGGCCCGCUGCCCAACUCCUACCGCUGGCGGGGCCGCGACAAGGACACCAACCUCUUCCUCAAUCCCAAGACGCUGACGUCCGGCCUGGAUGACUAUCCGCGGGCCUCGCACCCGUCAGCCGAGGAGCGCCAUGUGGACCUGCAUUGCUGGAUGGCCCUGGCGUCGGGCAUCAUGGCCAGGGUGGCCCGGCUGCUGGGAGAGCCCCACGAGGAGUAUGAGCGCACCCACCAGACACUCAGCGACAACGCACUGCUGGACGAGCUGCACUGGUCAGACCAGCUUCGCUCCUUCAGCGACUAUGGAAACCACACGCAAGCGGUGUCGCUGCAGCAGGAGAAGGUGUACGUGCCCCCGGGGCAGCCGAGGCACCAGUUUCCCGUGGCGCGCCUGGUGCGCUCUGUCCGCCGGGCCCCCAAGUCGCAGUUCGUCAAUGCUUUGGGCUACAUCAGCCUAUUCCCCUUCCUGCUACACGUCCUGACGCCCGACUCGCCCAAGCUAGAGCACAUCUUCAGAGACAUGAGGGACGUGGACAAGCUGUGGACGCCCUACGGCCUUCGCUCUCUGUCCAGGGCCGACCCGCUCUACAUGAAGCGCAACACGGAGCAUGACGCCCCAUACUGGCGGGGCCCCAUAUGGAUCAACAUCAACUACCUGGCCGUCAGGGCCCUGCACCACUAUGGCAACACUGAGGGGCCAUAUCAGGAGAAGGCAGCCGCCCUCUACCAGGAACUCCGAACUAAUAUCAUGAACAAUGUUUACAGACAGUAUGCAGAGACUGGGUAUAUCUGGGAACAGUACAAUGACAGCACGGGCAGUGGGCAAGGGAGCCACCCCUUCACUGGCUGGUCGGCACUAACUGUUUUGAUAAUGGCUGAGCAGUAUUGACACUGAUGCUAAAAACAUCUAAUCUCGCUUUUUGUAAGAUGUUCUCAAAAAAUGUGCCAUUUUUACAUUUUUAACGUCAACAGAUGUUAAGUCUGUGGGCCAACUCUAAUGUUCCAAUUCUUCCCCUUUAACUGUCUCAGUGAGUGUUUGUACAAAGCCCAUACCCUAAAGAACGGAUGAAAGGUUAUUUUUGAAUACCCCAUAUACUUAUCAAUGAACUCCCCAAGUGCCACCUGACUGAGAGAAGUCUGUUUGAUGGCAGAAACCUUUUAAGAAAUAGUAUAUUCAGUCUUAACAAAUAUCUGAUCCCUAGGUUAAUUUUGUUUCUGGUUGCUUUGUCCCCUCAUACAAUCUCAUUUAAGCCAGUAUAAAAUUGAGAAAUAAGUUUUGUUUUUGCCAAAUGUUUUGCUGCAAACAAACGGUUUCCUGUUCAUUUUAUCAAUUCACAAACACAGAUGUAUCUCCACUGGUAGCAGAUAUCCUGAGUGGCACGGAAUAACAUGAGUAACUUCAUUGCGUUGGUUUGUUACAUCUUCAGUGAAAAGAACAAUAAAUGUGUCAAAGCCUU